UGGGGUCUCCUGACCUCCCGGCCCCCCCAGGCCAACAGGUGGCCAUCAAGAAGAUCCCGAACGCCUUCGACGUGGUGACCAACGCCAAGCGGACGCUGCGGGAGCUGAAGAUCCUCAAGCACUUCAAGCACGACAACAUCAUCGGCAUCAAGGACAUCCUGCGGCCCACGGGGCCCUACGGCGAGUUCCGCUCCGUGUACGUGGUGCUGGACCUGAUGGAGAGCGACCUGCACCAGAUCAUCCACUCGUCGCAGCCGCUGACGCUGGAGCACGUCCGGUACUUCCUGUACCAGCUGCUGCGCGGCCUCAAGUACAUCCACUCGGCCAACGUCCUGCACCGCGACCUCAAGCCCUCCAACCUGCUGGUCAACGAGAACUGCGAGCUCAAGAUCGGCGACUUCGGGAUGGCGCGGGGGCUGGGCGCCGACCCCCGCCAGGCCAAGGCCUUCCUCACCGAGUACGUGGCCACGCGCUGGUACCGCGCGCCCGAGCUGCUGCUGUCGCUGCACCGCUACACGCGCGCCAUCGACAUGUGGUCGGUGGGCUGCAUCUUCGCCGAGAUGCUGGGCCGGCGCCAGCUCUUCCCGGGCCGCAACUACGUGCACCAGCUGCAGCUGAUCAUGGCGGUGCUGGGCACCCCCCCCGCCGGCGUCAUGGCGGCCAUCGGCGCCGAGCGCGUCCGCGCCUACGUCCAGAGCCUCCCGCCGCGCCCGCCCGUGCCCUGGGAGAGCCUGUUCGGCGCGGCCGAGCCGGCGGCGCUGGCGCUGCUGGGCCGGAUGCUGCGCUUCGACCCCCGCGAGAGGGUGGGCGUGGCCGAGGCGCUGCGCCACCCCUUCCUCGCCAAGUACCACGACCCCGAGGACGAGCCCGAGUGCGUCCCCGCCUUCGACUUCGCCUUCGACCGCCAGGCGCUCACCAAGGAGGAGAUCAAGGCGGCCAUCGUGGCCGAGAUCGCCGACUUCCACGCCCGGCGCGACGGCAUCCGCCGGCAGAUCGCCCUCGCGCCCUCCGGCGGGGCCGGGGGCGGGGUCCCCGGGGGCGGGGGCGGCCUGGCCAACGGGGGGGUCAACGUGGCCAAUGUGGGCAGUGUCAGCAUGGCCAACGCCAACAUCAACGUGGCCAGCGUCAACAUGGGCAACGCUGGCAUCACUGUGGCCAACACCAACACCAACGUGACCAACAUUAACGUCAACGUGGCCAAC